GUUAGCAAACAAACAUAAAUUUUCAACCAAUCAGAAAUCAGACAUUCUUAUUAAACACAAUUGGUUAAAAAAAAAUACAACGAAUAGGACUAAAAUUUUAAAAAGUAAUCACAGUGCAUGCUUUUGUGAACACGUCCUUAAAGUAUCGAUCAAUUUUGUCGAAAAAAAAAUCAUCGCACUCUUUCGAUAAUAUUCGCUCACUAUGUACGCUGUACGUAACGAAGGUUUCGAACCUGAUCGAUACGAUAAAGAUUCAAAUGGCAUUAUCACCGUGAAAAUUAAUGGUUUGGCGGUUGCCGAUGAUAUUCCGAAAAAAGAAACGCCUGUACCUUUACCAACAGAAGAUGAGAGCAGAGAGGGAUGGGGGAACAAGUUUGAAUUCAUCCUCGCUAUUAUUGGAUUUGCAGUGGGUCUUGGUAACGUGUGGAGAUUUCCAUAUUUGGCGCAAAAAAAUGGCGGAGGUGCAUUUAUCAUUCCCUAUGUCAUCUCGUUAGUUUUCAUGGGAAUCCCUGUGUUCUUUCUCGAGUUGGCGAUUGGCCAACGUUUUCGUAAAGGACCUCUACAUGUCUGGAAUAAACUUGCGCCACGUUUAACUGGCAUUGGUUUAUCAUCAGUGAUUGUAUCUUUCCUUGUUGGAUGUUACUACAACAUGAUAGUGGCUUGGUGUUUUUAUUAUCUCUUUAUAUCAUUUCAAAAAAAUAUACCGUAUGCAGAAUGUCCGUGCGUGGGUGGCACAUGUAAUGCAACGCACCCUGUUUACGUGCCCGAAUGCGCUAAGUCAUCCGCAACGACUUAUUAUUGGUAUCGUGUAGCGUUAAACGCAUCAGACAGUAUCGAAGAAAGUGGUGGAUUGAACUGGAAACUCUGUUUAUGUUUGCUACUAGCAUGGACCAUUAUAUUUGCAAUCACGUGUAAAGGUGCAGAAUCGAUGGGCAAGGUUGUUUACUUUACGGCGUUAUUCCCUUAUGUUGUCCUCAUCAUAUUUUUUGUUCGUGCCAUGAUGCUGGAUGGAGCAUCUGAUGGAAUAGUACAUAUGUUCACACCCCAGUUUGAGAAGCUAGCAGAACCUGAAACAUGGCUUGAUGCGUCAACUCAGAUCUUUUAUUCUCUCGGUCUUGCAUUUGGUGGCUUGAUCUCAAUGUCAAGUUACAAUGACAUCAACAACAAUGUUGUUCGUGAUGCGCUUCUUGUGUCUUGCGUCAACUGUGGAACAUCAAUAUUUGCUGGCAUCGUGAUCUUUGGAAUACUAGGAUAUAAGGCAAAUGUCAAUUACAACCAUUGUCAAAAAGAACCUUCAAGCUUUGUUGCGCCAGCCCAAGUAAAUGGGACAUGUGACAAAACAUACUUUUUGAAUCAAGUUGCUCAAGGACCAGGCUUGACUUUCAUAGCAUUUACUGAAGCAAUGUCUACAAUGAGUGUCCCUCAACUAUGGAGUGUCAUGUUUUUCCUUAUGUUGCUUACUCUUGGUAUCGGAAGCAUGCUGGGUACCUACGAAGCUGUCAGGACAACCGUGGUGGAUUUAAAGGUCCUGCCAUUCAGGAAAGAGAUUGUUUCGUUUAUAUUAUGCGUAAUAUCAUUCUCAUUUGGAUUGCUAUUUUGUCAACGCUCUGGAGAAUACUGGUUACAGAUGUUCGACUCGUUCGCAGCUAACAUUGGAUUGCUAUCAAUUGCUUUCUUUGAGAUUAUCAUUGUUGUUUACGUGUAUGGAAUAAGCAACUUUGAAAAAGAUAUACUUUUUAUGUUGGGACAUAAACCAAACUGGUAUUGGAAAAUAAUGUGGAUGGUAGUUUCGCCGUUUUUAAUAUUUGUUAUAAUCGUGGCUUCAAUAUAUGGGCUGGCAUCAAAAUCUAUCACAUACAGUCCUUGGAAGAGUGGCGAGGCUAAAGUUGUUGAUUCUGAAUAUCCAUCCUGGGGCGUGGCACUGUGUUUUAUUUUGGUGGUUGCCUCUGUGAUCAUGAUUCCACUAGCAGCCGUGCUAGUUCAUUUCGAUUUGUUCAGAGUGCCUGGCACAGAUGAAGAGGAAAAAGAUGGCGAACUAAAACCAAUACCACCCUCUGUUUCAACUAUGCCUCUUACAGAUAAUGAACGUUAAAAAUGUACCUUACGCAAGUCUCCAUAGCAAAGUUAGACCAAAAGUUUUAUUUGUGUCAAACUUCUCUUCUAGCCUGCCAUGUUUUUAAAUCUAACACGCAUAGGGGUACCAGUUUACCAAUUAUGAUAACUCGCCCUCCCAAACAUUUUAUGUAUGUAAGCUUUGUAUAUAUAGUACUUGACUAGUAAGAUUGGAUUUUCACUAAUUAAGCUUUUUUGUGACUUAGUGUAGAUCUACCUUUGGAAAAUAUUGACGAAAAAAAAGGAAAAUUGAUUAUUAAUUUUAUUACUCGUAGAGCGCUAAGAUUUAAUGUUUUUAAAUAAGCGUUCAUGAUGGAGUUUGGUUUACUAUAACCGAGUUCCAAGGGGUGAUUUUUGCAACAGCACGUGUCUUCUUUCGUACCAAAAAAGCAAAAAAAAACCCUGGGAACAAGGUUGGAUUUACGAAUCAACGUAGAAAUUUUUAUAUUAUGUGCUCAUAAAAACUUAUUUAAAUAUUUUUUGUUUUAGUCGGUUUUUGGAAUAAAAUACUGGUCAUAUAUUUACGAGUUCCACCGCAGUGCCUCUAGCUGCGGAAUAGUCCUAGAAUUGUCAGAAAGCGCAUCUCUUUUAAGAGAAGAACAUGUCUGGGAGCGAGGGUUGCAAGAUUGGAUUGUUAUUUUUGUUUUGUUUUGUUUUGUUUUGGAACGAUUAUUAUUGUUUGAAUAAUUUUUUUGACUUGGGCAAUUUUAACAAUGUUGACCAUUUACUCAAUGAACAUUUAGUGUAUGAGUAAUUCUAUUGAACAACCUUCAGGCCUGUAACUGUGGUGGCAGAGGAGGCAAACCCUUCCCCCCCUUUCACCCGCCUUCCCUCCAUGACCUAAAAAACGUAAAAAAUAUCACUCUAUUUCUUUAUUUAAUAUAAAUUGCAUCGUUUUCAGAUAAUCCUGCUUGAAUUACUUGAAAACGUUUUAGCCCUUAUAUUAUUGUCCCACCUCUCAGCCCCAUAGAAACAAUUUUACUUCCUGCAAGCCUGACCAUAGUCACGUGACCAUGUUCAACCUAUCAAUGUGUAUAAAAUUGAUUAGUUAUUUUUUAUAUAAAUAUAUAUAUUUUAUAGUAAGUUUGAACAUGUAUGUAAAAAGUGCGUUCUUUUGAGACAUGUAAAUAACAUCGUAAAUGAUCA